AAAAUUCGAGUACUGUUAUUUCAUAUGAAAAUACGAAGUAAUUGAUGUCAUGGCAUCGAAUGCAAAUUCGCAAACUAAAGGAUAUGGCACCCGUCAUACCUUCACGAUUCUGUCUUUCAUUGGAUACUUCCAUCUAUAUGCGUUGCGGUUCAACAUCAGUAUCGCCAUAGUAGCUAUGGUUAAACAUAAAGACACUCUUCCAGCCAACAAUUUCACUGAAAUAACCGAAUGUCCGGACCCUGGAUACAACAAGACAACGAAAAUGUCGAAUCAGGCUACCUAUGAUUGGGAUGAGGCUACCCAAGGGCUGAUACUGAGCUCUUUCUUCUACGGGUAUGCCCUCACACAAAUACCUGGGGGAUUCCUGGCAGAGAAAAUCGGAGGGAAGAGGUUGUUCGGAUAUGGCAUUCUCAUAACCGCCAUUCUAAGCCUUCUGACACCAGUAUCUGCUAAGGUCGGUACUUGGGCAGUGGUGAUCGUACGGGUAAUGAUGGGCCUCGCCGAGGGUGUUACCAUACCUGCUCUCUCGUCAAUGCAAGGGAAAUGGCUGCCAAGAUUAGAGAGAUCAUUACUAUCAAACAUAGCCAACGCAGGUGCUCAUUUCGGUAACGUGAUCUGCUUACCUAUAGCGGGAUAUCUAAGCUAUUCUGAUACACUUGGGGGAUGGCCCUCUGGAUUCUAUAUAUUUGGUGGAGCUGCAUGCGUAUGGUUCUUCUUCUGGCAUUUUAUGGUAUUUGAAUCCCCUGCAGUACAUCCACGCAUUGCGCCGGAUGAGAAGCAGUACAUCGAAAGCACCACAGGCGUCCGACGUCGCAAGCGCUAUCCAACUCCUUGGAAGGCUCUUCUGACGUCAUCAGCAAUGUGGGCCAUCAUCCUGACAGCUUUCCUGCAAACAUGGGGUGGUUACGUCACACAUACAACAUUGCCAAGAUACAUGCACACCAUACAAAAAUUUGAUAUCGCACAGGAUGGUGUCCUGAUGGCGUUGCCGAACCUGUUCAACAUAUUCGCAAGUGUUGUCGGAAGCUGGUUUGCAGACUUCUUAUUGAAAAAGAAAUGGCUGUCAACAGUGGUUGUGCGGAAACUACUAAACACCUUAGGUUUACUUCCGGCCGCGUUAUGCGUGCCAUUUAUCCCCCUUGCCGGAUGUGAUCACGUCACAGUGGUCGCGCUUAUUGUUGUCGGAAACGGUAUGUUGGGCGUGUGUGGGUCAGGGCUAUGGGUCAACAUCCUGGAUAUCGGCAACAACUUCUCUGGAAUAACGAUGGGUCUGGCCAACUUUUCUGCAAAUUUAUCCGGAGUUAUAGCCCCUUAUUUUGUCGGCCUUAUGACAAAUGAUAACGAAACAAUGGAACAGUGGAAUUCAAUAUUCUACGUGUCAAUGGCUCUCUACCUACUAGGAAUCUUCGUCUUCAUCGUCUUUGCCAGGGGGUCAGAACAAUCGUGGAAUCAUCUACCACAGACCGAAACAGACAUUGACGAACAAGACAAGGAAAAAAACAAUACUCAGGACCGGGAGAUAAACCAGUCUCCAUAUAAUGGAAAAAACACCGAACAUUUAUGAAUUAUUUGCGGAAGCCAUUGCUGCAGAGGUGGUUUUACUAGAGGGCUGUGUACACAUUGUUUUCGAGGAUAUUAUACAAGCUUUAUUCAAAGCUCUGAUACUCGAUAUUUGUGUAACACUUCUGACUUGUUCGUAAGGGAUAAAUAUUGCAAAGUCGAUUUAAUGGAUUUGUUGUGUCAGAGAUUUUUUUUUA